AUGCCCCGCCUAAAGCCCACCACCAAAGUAGAUGUGAUUGGAAAUUUGGAUUUAAGCCCAGAGAAGGCUGUUGGCGAUUACAUAGAAUCCAAACAGCAAAAGGCGUUUUUUAUAAAACCUCCCAAUUGGGAUUCGGCCGGUGAUUCCAUUGAAUUGCUCUAUAUACGCAAUGAACGUGAACAUGCCGCCAUGAUGCGUCUGCAAGAGGAAAUGUUGGAAAAUGCCAAGACCCAAUCUGCGGGAAAUGCUGCCCGUAUACGCAAACUGUAUAAAAUUCAUGCAAAUUUACGUAAACGUUUCAUUGAGGUCAAUAAUUUUAUUAAGGAUUGUGGUGAUAAGAAGCGCAUGGCCGAAAAGAAAGUGGCCGAGGAGACGGCAAUGCAUGAAGAAUUAAAGGAACAGAUUGCCAAGUACAAGACGAGUAUUGAGGAAUUGACCCAUUUCCGUGAUGUCUUAAAGGCCACUGUCAAAGAAUUUGAACCCUACGAAAAGGUUCUGGAAGAAGUUGUUGAAAAAUCCGAUAUUUUUGAAUCGGUCAAGGAUUGUAUGGAUAGAUGUGAUGCCCUAAUGCUCGCCCAGGUGGAAAUAUCCCGUUUGGAACAGGAAAAACUUCAGGAAAUCGAAGAAAUGCGCCAACGCAUGGUCAAGCUAACCAAUGAGGCGGCCCUAACGGUUUUGGGGUUGAAAAACGAUCUAGCCGAAUUGGAAAGAUCCUAUAAUCAGGCUCGUGCCGAAUGUUCCAAAUGGGAAAAGAUAAUGGCCAAUGCCAAAGACACUGUGGCCACUCAUGAUUUGAAUAAGGAUCGUGCCUUGGAUGGCAUACAUUAUAUGUAUCGUCUGCUGUGCAAAAGGAGAAACAUGGAUCCCCUUUAUCAACGCAAUGAAAUUGAAAAACAAUUGGAUUAUAUUAAAGAUGAAAUAGAGUUAUUAAUUGAGGUGAACAAAGAAUGUGCGAAACAGCAGGAUAAAUGGAAAACUUCGGCAGCAACAACUACAAAAUCAGAGAAGAAAAGUGUGAAGAAAUCGAAAUAA